AUUAAAUUACAAUUUUAGAUUGGUUUUCUAUUUUCUCUCUCUAUUUUUUUUAAUUUUCUCUCUCUUGCUUUCAAAUGCUUGAGAGCUUGACGUCUGACUCUAAGUCUCUCCGGCAUUUUCCAGCAAGGUGACUCAGUUGCAGAUCGGAUGAAUUCUGGCAAUAGAGCAGAAUAGGUGGUAGAGGAUUGUUUUAAAAUCGUAAUUGUGGCAAUUUUGCUACUUAAUUUAUUGAGUAGAGGAGAAUUAGAGCUUGGAAGAGAGGGAGAUUUAUUAGUGUAUUUUUGUAAUUUAUGUUGGUUGAAUUAGUCCAAGAAGUUUGGGGAGGGGGUUUCUGUUCCAAGAGAUAAAGAAAUCCAGAUCAUGGAUACUUGGAUGCCGCUGACGCAAGAAAAACAACUUCCAGUGAGAUCUAGACCAGUUGUGAUGGAAAGACAUGGGAGACCACUGGCAAGAGAAAACUGGCAAGAGCUGGCUGGGUUACCUGUUGGACAUAUGCAAGAGAUGCUGAAUUAUAAUGGCGGCAUUAAUCAUAUUCAAGAGCUGCCAAGUUACAGUAGAGGUACUAACCAUAUGCAAGAGCUGCGAAAUUACAGUAGAGGGGUUAAUCUUAUGCAAGAUCUGCCAAAUUACAAUACGUGCAUUAAUUAUAUGCCAGAGCUACCGAAUUACAGUAGAAGCGUUAAUCAUAUACAACAGCCGCUAAAUUACAAUGGAGGUGUUCAUAAUUUGGAUCUGUUGGGACAGGUAGCUCGAAGUGAAAGGUGUUAUGGUGGUCGUGAUGUUGGUGUGGCUGAGAGAAGUGGGAUGAUCAACCAAAUUGCAGCCUCCUACAGACAAGCCUUGUAUGAUGAAAGCGCAGGCUGGAACAAUAAUGCAGUAGCUGAACUUUUGGCAAUAAAGAAUGCAGCUGCAGUUGCUUCUGUAAACAGAACUCAAAGCAGAAUUACAAGCAUGGCAAAUGCACCUCUAUUUACGAGUUUGCAAUCUCAAGUCAGCAAUAGGAGAGACUUCAACUCAAGUAAUUUGGUUCAGAAUCAAAUUUACUUCAAUUCCAACCCGUUAAAUAACAGUUGCAGCUAUCAGCAGAUAUCCCAAGAUGGAUUCCCUGUUACUAACCAAUCUAACAACAAACUGAAUUCACCAAGUACUGCAGCCAGUGCAGGACCAAGCAUUAUCACCACAUUGCCAUUAUCACCAGCAACACCAGAUCAUCACUUGAAGAAGUUGGCAAACAAUCAGCCAUCUGUGACAGUAAAUUUCUCAAUGGGUGAAAGCUCAACUCAGGGAAAAGACAAGCAACAAACUUCAGUCAUGCCCAUUGUAAAUGAAGCUACUCAGCUGAAUUCUGAUGAGUUCUUUCCAAAAGAUGUGUUGUCUUCUGUCAUCUCAACAGCAAUUGAGGAAAAGAAGGAUUUGGAUAAUGUAGGUGACCGAGGAAUGGACCUUAACAAGACUCCCCAACAGAAACCACCCAAAAGAAAAAAGGUCAGGCCAAAAGUAAUUGUAGAGAAACCCAAAAAGAUUGAGAAAAAGACCCCUGGUAAGAAGAGAAAAUAUGUGCGGAAGGAAGGCCUGAAAAAAUCAGCAAAUCAACCAGAAGAUGUUUUGAGGGAGACUACUGAUACUAGUGCUGGAUCUCCCCCAAAAUCAUGCAGAAGAUCGUUGAAUUUUGAUUUUGAGAAGACUAGAGAUGUAAAUCAAAGCAAAGUAAUUAGUCAGCAGGAAGAAAUGCAACAAAGGCAUCUAAGGAAUUUUAAUUUGAGCUUGGAUUCUCAAGCCCCAGAAUUAGCCAACCGAAGUAGUGGAACAAAGUCAGUUAUGCUGAUUGGCCAUCAGAAUGGUUUGCCCACGGUAAACCAACAACCAGGAACUGUUAGUACCAAUAGCCUUUCCAUGAAUCAAAUUCUGGCUGAUGACAUACCAAUACCAGAAAGGCAUGCAGUUGCACCUUCACCAAUUCCAAGAAAAGAUCCACACAUGGAAAGUUUAUAUGUCAUAGCAAGUAAUAUAGAUAAUAGAACUCCUAAUCCACGCCAAAAGAGCAGCACAAAUGGAUACUCUGCUAACCAGCAACAUAUAGAUACAAAAGGAAUUGGACAAACUGUGUCUCAGGCAGAAACCAAUUUUGAAGACUUUGAGAACGGCAGAGUGAUAACUAUCCCUCAGUUAGAGGUUUUGUCCAGUUUUAAAAAAGCAAGGGGAUACAAGAGAGGAUAUUGCCAGACAAUUGAUCAGGCACACCCACCUACUGUAAAUUCAAUGGGUUCUUCAUCAUGGUACCAAAAUAUAUUUCAGAUGGAUGGAUGUCACCAAAAGAGCAACACGGUGGGUGCAGUUUCAAAGAAUCAAAAGAAAAAGAAAAAUGAGCAUGGACCAAAAACAAACAUAAAUGGCAACCUUUGCGGUACAGAAGCAAUCAAAGGUUGCUCAAGUCAAAUUCCAACAAAAUGUGUCAAUGAUAUCAAUGGGAGUGGAUAUCAGAUAAGUGAUAAUGAAUUGGUCAAGAGGCUUGGUGAUUGGCAUGCUCAAUCUAUAGCUUCUGGGAGUAACUUGCCAAACCAAAUUCAUUUUAAGCAGCAUUUGAGCUCAAAAAAAUUGACAGAGACAAUUGUAUUGACUCCAGUCACUGAUACUGCAUCAUUAACUACAACUACAAGUGAGAAAUGUAACCUGCUCCCACCUACUCCCCCUGGCAAAGCCCCUACACCCGGAGACAGGCUAGCAAGGAAAACUUGCCACACUAAUGAUUCAGGAAAGCAAAAUGUGAAGUGCAAUCUUGGAAAAUCAGCUUUAGCUGGAAUGGAUCAGAUGCUACCUGAACAUAAGGAAUUCUUGCAUGAUCAUCCGCAAUAUUCUGCAAAAAUAAAAGGACUUCCAAAUAAACAAAUUUAUCAUAUUCUGAUGGAUGGGAUUAUAUGUAAAUUCAAAGGUCUAAAUCUCAACGGAGUGUCCAGCCAUGUACCGGAGCAAGUGCAGAAUGCAGUUGUUCCCUACAAGCACGAUGGUACAGUUGUUCCAUACAAACAAGAUGGUCGAAUUAUUCCAUAUGAAGGUUUUGACGUCAUUAAGAAAUGUAAGCUAAGGCCUAAAGUGGACCUUGACCCAGAGACUAAUAGAAUCUGGAAUCUAUUGAUGGGCAAGGAAGGAAGUGAAGGCCUUGAAGAGAUGGAUGAGGAAAAAGUAAAAUGGUGGGAACGGGAGAGGAAACUUUUCCAACAACGAGCUGAUUCAUUCAUUGCGAGAAUGCAUCUUGUACAAGGGGAUAGACGCUUCUCAAAAUGGAAGGGGUCAGUUGUUGACUCAGUGAUAGGAGUUUUCCUUACUCAGAAUGUUUCAGACCAUCUGUCAAGCUCUGCCUUCAUGUCUUUGGCAGCACGAUUUCCUCUCAAGGCAAAAAACAAGACAUGCAACAUGGAUGGUACAAACAAAUUGGUCGAAGAACCAGAAGUAUGUGUGCUGAGCCCAAAUGAUGCCAUCCAAUGGAAUGAACAGGUAUUAAGGAACCCACUCGGCAGUCAAAGCUCUACAACCCCACAUGAAUUAACAGAACGUCAGAGGGAAAGUGAUACCUCAGGGAUAGAAAACACAGGCUUACUGGAGGCACAUAGUCAGAGCUUGGAGGAAGAAGUCAUAUCAUCACAAGAUUCUUAUAGUUCUUCAAUCCUUCAAGGCAGUGGAGGAAUCAAAUCCUCUUCAGGCUCGAACUCUGAAGCAGAAGAUCCUACUUCUGGUUGCAAACCUAAACAGGUUCAUGCUUCAACAAAUUUUCUACAAGUGGGUAAUGCCACUUUGUUUCAGGAUUUCCACCGUUGUAUAAAUGAGUUACCAAUUGAUACAGAAAAUAGCCAACAAGACUCAAGACUGGACAGCAUGGAGAACUUUGGCAGUUCUUUAACUUUUACUCAGUUACUCAAUUUUGACAGUUCACAGAAUCAGGUGCUGCUAGUCCCUUCCAAUAACUAUCAUCCACACAUGAAUUCUUACUCAGAACAAUUAGAAGGUUCUGAGAUCUACAGUAAAGAGUGCAUAUCAUCCCAGUAUUCAACUGCUUCCAGGUAUCUGGAACGAAAAGACACAGAUUAUACAAGCAGAAGAAAUGGACAGCUGGCAGAAGAUGUGGGUGAAACAACAAUCCAACAGAAUGGAUUACCAAUUCUAGAAGGACCGGUGAGCACAUAUGCAAAAUUAAGCAAGCAAUCAAUGCCACAACACAACAUUUCUCAGCCAGGAUCUCAGGCAAAAUAUAGUCCACAAUAUGGUGAAAGCAUGUCACCUAGAGAGCCUGUAAAUCUUGUUGAAACGCUGGCAGAGAGGCAGAAUAGUACUAUGCAGAAUGUACUGGAUUACAGUGAGGUUGCGGAAAAAACUUUUGAUAUUGAGGAAAGAAUCUCUGCAGUAAAUAAGGUCCCAGAAAAUAAAACAGUCAAACCAAAUCCAAAGGAGCAAGUACUUUCUAAUCCCAGUACCUUGAAAUCGAAAAAAGAGAAGGUUGACUCCACUAAAAGGACUGCAACUGACUGGGACAUUUUAAGAAAACAGGUUCAGAGCAAUGGUAAGAAAAAGGAAAGAAGCAAGGACACAAUGGACUCACUGGACUAUGAAGCAAUGAGAUGUGCCAAUGUCAAUGACAUUGCUAACACUAUCAAAGAUAGAGGAAUGAGCAACAUGCUAGCUCAGCGAAUACAGGAAUUCUUGAAUAGAAUUGUCCAAGAACAUGGAAGCAUCGAUCUUGAAUGGUUAAGAGAUGUUCCCCCUGACAAAGCAAAGGAUUAUCUCUUAAGCAUACGUGGACUAGGGUUAAAAAGUGUAGAAUGUGUGCGACUUCUAACUCUUCAUCAUCUUGCUUUUCCGGUUGACACAAAUGUUGGACGUAUAGCGGUUAGAUUGGGAUGGGUCCCACUGCAACCACUGCCCGAAUCUCUUCAGUUACACCUCCUAGAGCUAUACCCAAUAUUGGAAACAAUACAAAAAUAUCUGUGGCCAAGAUUGUGCAAAUUAAAUCAACGAACUCUAUAUGAACUACAUUACCAGCUUAUUACAUUCGGGAAGGUUUUCUGUACAAAGAACAAACCAAAUUGCAAUGCAUGUCCAAUGAAAGGAGAGUGCAGACACUUUGCAAGUGCUUUUGCAAGUGCAAGGCUUGCACUGCCAGGGCCUGAGGAAAGGAGUAUGGUGAGUUCAACUGUGCUUACUACCACCAAACAAAGCCCUGCUCCAGUUAUCAAUCCUAUGCUAUUACACCUACCUGAAGAAAAGUCAAACAAAGAAGCAGGGCGUGAUUUUGGCAAGUGUGAACCCAUAAUUGAAGAGCCAGCAACACCAGAACCUGAAUCGACAGAAAUAUCAGGAAGUGACAUUGAGGACACACCUUAUGAGGAUCCUGAUGAUAUUCCAACAAUAAGACUUAAUAUUGAGGAGUUCACAGUGAAUUUACGGAACUAUAUGCAGAAGAACAUGGAACUCCAAGAAGGUGACAUGUCCAAGGCUCUAGUUGCUUUAAACCCAGACACUGCUUCUAUUCCUGUACCCAAACUCAAGAACGUGAGCAAUCUACGGACAGAGCACCAAGUAUAUGAACUUCCAGAUUCUCAUCCUCUGCUAGAAGGGAUGGAUAAGCGGGAACCUGACGAUCCCAGCCCAUAUCUUCUUGCUAUAUGGACACCAGGUGAAACUGCCAAUUCUAUUCAAACUACUGGAAAAAGCUGUGGGUCACAAGAAUCAGGAAAGUUGUGCAAUGAGAAGACAUGUUUUUCAUGUAAUACUACAAGAGAAGCCAAUUCAAAAAUGGUCCGAGGAACUGUUUUGAUACCUUGUAGGACAGCAAUGAGAGGAAGCUUCCCACUCAAUGGCACAUACUUUCAAGUUAAUGAGAUGUUUGCAGAUCAUGAGUCUAGCCUCAAUCCAAUAGAUGUUCCAAGAGAAUGGAUAUGGAAUCUGCCAAGACGUACUGUGUACUUUGGAACAUCUGUAUCAACAAUAUUCAAAGGCCUUACAACAGAGGGGAUACAGUAUUGCUUCUGGAGAGGUUUUAUUUGUGUGAGGGGGUUUGACCAGGAAACACGAGCUCCCCGACCUCUUACGGCCAGAUUGCACUUUCCGGCAAGUAAGUUAGCCAAAAGAAAAACUGAAAACAAACGAUAAGCAGUCUAUGAUGCAGAGAAGAUUACCGGCGAAAGUACUAAUAGUGAUCCAGAUAUGAGGGAACAUUACCAGCCAAAGUAGCAAUAAUGAUCUGGCAUAAAAGGUAAGAAAAGAUUGCUGACUUGAGGAAGAAAAAUGAAUUUUGACUAACAUAAUGUUGUACCAUUGAAUUGUUCUUUCUCUAACAUGAGAUGCAUUCACCUCAUGUUAGCCCUGGAAAAGAAAGUUUUAAAUUAGAUUGUGAGAUCCCGUGGAAAUGGGAUGUCAUUUGUACAUGAUUAUAAUUACAAUUUUUAUCUCAAUUCAUGCUCAAAUGAGCAAUUCUUCAAGACAA